GAAAGUAUCCUCAAAACUUUUGUGAUGCAAAAUGUACAUUAGACCAAAACAAGGUGGAGAUAGACAGAAGGAGAAGGUGAAGGAUCUGACACAAUCCGUUGACCCAGUUGCAAAGCUGAGAAGGGUGUGAUCCUAUGAAUCCUGGUAUAUAAGCCAGAAAAGAGACCAUUGGAGGCUCAGGAUUUCUUCUUCAGAUUGGAUCCCCCUUUGAAGGUUUGGAGAUGCUUCUCGUCACUUGCUUCAUCUUUGGCCUUUUGGGCAGCCUUACCUGGGCAGGUCUUUGUGGCCAGAGUGUCUGUCCUUCUGGCACUUUUGCCUUUGAAGAUGGAAGCGAGAGGAAUUGCUACAAGUUCUAUAAGGAUAACUUCACCUUUGAAGAGGCUGAGCAAGAGUGUCAGUUCAGAUGGAAAGGCCAUCUGGCAUCUUUCACAAAUGGCAGGCAGGCAGCAGCCAUUGGUGCCUACGUCAGUAAGGAAAACAUAGAGCGUAAUUUCGUCUGGAUUGGGCUCCGCCGAGAUGAAGGGUCCUCUCUGAGUACUGGAUGGUGCUGGGUUGAUGGAUCACAAUCCAGGUACAGAACGUGGAGAAAUUCCGAACCCAACGGCAUCCAUGAGUAUUGCGUCGGUCUCUAUCCUCGAUCUGGGCACUUGACUUGGGUUGAUCUACGCUGUAGACGCAAACUUCCUUUUCUCUGCAAAUGGAGUCCCACUUAACCUAAGUCUGCAGAGGAAGUCAGCGGGGCUUCCCAUUGAUCGGAAACCUGAGUUGAGAUCUUUGGAUUCCACCUUCUCCAUGUGCAAAACCUCUUUUCCACAAAGACCAUCUGGAGGUCAAGCAGUCGAUUCCUCUAGUCUUUCUUCUCUUCCCCUCUUUCUGAAGAACGUGCCCCUCUCUUGAUAAUAAAGUCUAUUGCUCUGCCUUUG